AUGGCUGACGAACGAUCAGACACAUCUAAGAGGGAUGAUAUUCUAAAGAAUUGCAACAACAAAGUCGACGCCAAAGUGCCAGAUGAUGUUAAAUAUGACGACGUCGAUAAAAUUCCGAUCACGACAACUACCACAAAGAAUGCUUUAAUAACAAGACAGCUGGGAGAAUGCGAAGCCUACCCGCAUUGUAUUAAAAUUUCGAUUAUUGGUACAAGAAAAGUUGGAAUGGCUUGCGCGAUUGCAAUUUUGAUGAAACGCAUAGCAAGUGAGGUAUGUCUGAUCGAUCAGAAUUUGGACAAGGCUUCUGCCGAAGCCGAGGAUAUUCAACACGCCGGUAUUUUUUUAGGAUGCCCGCUGGUAAUUGGCACGUCAGCUCUACAAUCGAUUUCAGAUAUCUACAAGAUAAAAGAUUCAACAGUAAUAAUAAUAGCGGCUUGCGAAAGGAAAUCCGGCGAGGAGUUAAUUGUGAAACGCAAUAUCGAGGUGUUCAAGAAGAUUAUCCCUACAAUUGCAAAGCUGGCUUGCAAGGCGGUGUUAUUAGUUGUAACUCAACCGAUCGACGUGAUGUCGUACAUCACCUGGAAGUUGUCCAAGUUUCCUUCAAACAGAGUACUUGGUACGGGGACUCUACUCGAUAGCUGCAGAUUUCAGGAUUUACUGAGUCGGAAGUUGGGGCUGGCUCGUACGUCGAUCAAUUGUAUAAGUAUCGGUGCGCAAGGCGACACGUCUGGUACCUUCCAACAUCUGCUGUUUUACACAGUUCCCAUAUGGUCGAGCGUUCACGUAGCGGGUACGAAGAUACGCGAUAUAAACCCGCAAAUGGGUGAGGCAGAUGAUCCCGAGAAGUGGCGUGACAUCUCCGAAGCUGUAAAUAAAACGUCAGAAAGGGGAAAAGGGCCGAGCUGCUGGGCUCUCGGCUUCUGCACCGCUGAGAUCGUCGACGCCAUUGUUAGAAAUACUAAAGCCGUAUUACCAGUAUCAACGUAUAUACACAGUUGCACUCACGGGACUGACAAAGACGUGUACAUGUCGGUACCUUGUGUUCUCGGUCGAGAGGGUGUGUGCGCCAUGGUACGACAGAAGCUAAACGACCGGGAAAAGACGGCGAUACAACGGUGCGCCGACAGCAUCCGCGGUGUGCUGCGUGAGUGCGGCAUUCUUCGCGAGUCGAGCGACGUUGAAGAGUGA